CUUCAGAGGGAGCCUGCGGAGCAGAAGGUCUUGUUUGGGGCCACGGUACCUCAGCCCAAGUUUACGGUGCCUCCGUGACAGCCAUGGAACCUGAUGGAGCUUAUCUGGCUAUCUGUAAAGUUGCUGGACAUGGCUCACAGGUCCUGCCGGCACCAAGACUGGCCAGGAAAGAGUUAAUUGAGUCCGAGCUCCGGGUCCGGAAGGGUUAACCUAGGGGGUGGAGGCUUUUCGCUUUUCCUGUGGAGAGUAAGGCUUGGCUGCCACCAAAGUUACUCCCUAGUCCCUGCUGUCCCCUGGCCUUCUUCAGUCUGGGGAUACAGAGGGACCCCUGCAACUCAGCGUCUCCACCCACAGGUGAGUGCAUCUGGAGCUGGAGCGGAAGGCAGGCCCAGGAACUCCAGAGAAUUGAUUUCUGCUCCUCAGCUAAUUGUGCAUCCCAGGGUGUAUGGAGCACUGACCUGCCAACUCCGCUAAGAUGCUGCUGGCCUCUCCGUCCACACCAUCGAGGGGACGAACCCCCAGCGCCGUAGAGAGACUGGAGGCCGACAAAGCCAAGUACGUCAAGACGCAGCAGGUGAUAGUACGUCGUCAGGAGCCAGCCCUGCGAGGGGGGCCAGGACCGCUGACGCCACACCCUUGCAAUGAGCUGGGGACCUCUGCAUCGCCCAGGACGCCUGGGCCUGCCCGUCGGGGUAGCGGCAGGCGACAGCCAAGGCCUGACUCCCUCAUCUUCUACCGCCAGAAGCGGGACUGCAAGGCUUCGGUGAACAAGGAGAACGCCAAGGGCCAGGGGCUAGUACGACGCCUCUUCCUGGGCACCCCCCGGGAUGCUGUCCCGAGCAGCCCGGGACCUACUGAGAGACCUGCGGCUCCUGCAGGCUGGGCUGGAUCCCCGGAUGGUCCGGAGGCAACAGGGAAGAGAGCGCUGUGUCCCACGUGCUCGCUGCCUCUGUCGGAGAAGGAGCGCUUCUUCAACUACUGCGGUCUGGAGCGCGCGCUAGUGGAGGUGCUGGGCGCCGAGCGCUUCUCCCCGCAGAGCUGGGGCGCCGAGCACAGCCCGCAGGUCGCAACGUCGCCGCCGCCCGGCUCCGGGGACACCAGCGAUUGGACAUCCAGCGACGGGGACGCGGGCAACCCGGACUGUGCUGGAGGUUGUGGCGGGGGAUCGGAGGCGGCGGGGUCCGCACGGGACGGGCGCCCCUCGGUGUCAGUGGUGGAACGCAACGCGCGCGUCAUCCAGUGGUUGUAUGGCUGCCAGCGAGCGCGCGCUCCACCGCGCGAGUCCGAGGUGUGAGCAUCACGGCACAGGGGACGGCUCCCGGAGAGCUCGCCUCGUCCGUGAAUAAACCCUUUCCCUAGAUUUCGGUUUCCCCAUCUGCACCCUGAGCAGGCGGGACCACAAGGGCCAGGCGCAGGCUGCGGAAAGGGGUGGGGUGGUCACGUAGCCUCUCUGGAGGCUGACUGUGAGCAGUGAUGGAGUGGAGUGGGCGAUGAGCGAACUACUGAAUAAAGCUAAAAUAAUCUUUAGUAAAAGAGGCAGAGUUUAGUUUAGCGGGCAGAGGUGGGGAAAGGGAAGAACUGGUUGGCGUGGCCGAGUGGGUGGUUUAGAGUGUGGGUUCCAGGUUGAGUGUGACCUUGGCCAAACACUCCGCAGUUCUGGGUUAUUAAAGGAGGUAGUUGGUAGUGUUCUGGAGUAGUUGUAAUGCUCGUGCAAAUGUGCCUGGAAUAUAAGCUGUAGCUUGCUUAAGUUACCCAGGAUUCCUGGAGCUUCGCGCUCCCUCCUCUUCCCCAUGGUCCCAAAGUAAGAAAAGCUGACAUUUGGAGGGUCCGAAAUGGAAAUCAUUAAAACUGGGGCACCUUUGGG